ACGGUGCACCUUCCCACUACAGCCCUCACAGAGACUCAUUUCACAAAAACAGACCAAGUAAAAUGCAAAAACUUGAAAUAGAGACAGAAGAGUUGGGGUGUGUGAUAUCUGGAGGUCUCACGCUGAUGUCUGACAGCUGCAGCUCUCUUUGGUCACAUUGAGACGGGGGAAGGCGGGGGAAGGCCGUGUCCCCCCACCCUAAUUGAGUCCCUCAACCAUGGACAAACAGGGCCCCAUCACUACACCAGGCAAAGCAAGUGGGUUAAAACCUCCCAGUAAAAUAGCUCGACCAUCCGGAGUACCAUCAAAGACAUCCCCAUCAUUUGGUGCCUCAAAGCCAGUUCCUCCUGAGAAGUCCUCUUCAGGUGUGACCUCCCCAACGCAAGAUGGCAACACAGACUUUCAGAUUGGUGAUAGAGUCUGGGUGAAUGGCAACAAGCCCGGCUACGUUCAGUUUGUUGGGGGCACGCAGUUUGCUCCUGGCCAGUGGGCAGGCAUUGUCCUGGAUGAGCCAAUCGGGAAGAAUGAUGGGUCUGUGGCAGGUGUGCGCUACUUCCAAUGUGAGGAUGGGCGGGGCAUUUUCACACGACCUUCCAAGCUAUCCAGAACUGCGCUACCAGAGAAGGAGGCGAAUGGGGGGCAGGCCAGCCCUGCACAAGCAGCCUCGGCAACAAGCGAUGCUGCACCUGCUGUCUCUGCUGUCCCUGGCUCAAAUGCUCCAGUCACUGGUAUAAAGACCAGUGGUGUACUUAACCGAAUGGUAACAUCGAGCGAGUCAGUGUCCAACCUGUCAGACCCAGACUCCAUGAAGAAGAUCAGAAGAGAGCUGAGGCUGGGAGACCGUGUUUUGGUUGGUGGUACAAAGGCAGGAGUGGUGCGGUUUCUUGGAGAAACAGACUUCGCUAAGGGGGAGUGGUGUGGCGUGGAGCUGGAUGAACCUCUGGGCAAGAAUGAUGGAGCUGUAGCUGGGACCAGAUACUUCCAGUGCUUGCCCAGGUACGGCCUGUUUGCUCCCGUCCACAAGGUGACACCGAUCGGCUUCCCCUGCACCACACCCACCAAAGCGAAGAGUUCCCGGAGGAAGUCCACUCUCAAGAAGAGUCCGAGUGCUUCCUCCAUCAGUUCCCUCAGCUCUGCCACGUCCUCGAUCAGUGGCAAACCCAGCCGGGCAGGGCUGCUGACAGAAACAUCUGCGCGCUACGCUCGCAAGAUUUCGAGCACCACUGCGCUGCAGGAGGCUCUGAAGGAGAAGCAGCAGCACAUUGAACAGCUGCUGGCAGAGAGGGACAUAGAGAGGUGUGAGGUCGCCAAAGCAACCAGCCGUGCAGGAGAGGUGCAACAGGAGCUGGUUAUGCUGAGUAAAGGGCGGGAUCAGUAUGCACUGGAGAUGGAGGCCAAGCUGGAUCAGUUGCGUUCUCUGGUGGAGGCAGCUGAUCGAGACAAAGUGGAGCUGCUCAACCAAUUAGAGGAGGAGAAGAGGAAAGUGGAGGACCUGCAGUUUCGUGUAGAGGAGGCAUGCAUCACCAAAGGAGACCUCGAGACGCAGACCAGGCUGGAGCAUGCCCACAUAAAGGAGCUUGAGCAGAGCCUGCUUUUUGAAAAGACCAAAGCUGAAAAACUCCAGAGGGAUUUAGAGGACACUAGGGUGGCCACGGUGUCUGAGCGCUCCAGGAUCAUGGAGCUGGAGAGGGAGGUGGCGGACCUCCAGCUCAGGCUCCGGGCUUCCCAGCAGAAAGAGGAUGCUGUGUCUCUGUCGCAGCAGCAGAUCAGCAGCCUCAAGGCCAAGGUUCAGUCUCAGGAGAAAAAGAUAAGUGAGCUGAGCGUCGACCUGGAAAGAAAACAGAAAGAGCUUCAGUCUGUGCUACAAGAAAGGACAUCUUUGGAGCAGCAGCUGUCGAGUCUGAGACAAAAGCUGGAGAUUGCUGAGGAGGAGAGCAGGACCAUGGCAAAGACCAUGAAAGAGAUGGAGAAAAGUGUAGAGCAGUCAAAGAAGGACUUCCAAACCCUGAACGAGGAAAAUCGGAGCAGAGAAAUGAAUGUCACGUCCCAGCUGACAAAGGCUACUGAGAAGUUGGAGAGAACGACUCUGUCGCUGGAGCAGCUGACUAAUGAGAAGAAGACCCUUGAGAUGCAGCUCGAGCCUUUGAAACAGCAGAACUCCAAAUACCAGCAGGAGCUCAGCGUGUCGAAGGAGCAGAGCAGCUCAGAAAGUCAGCGGAUCAGCAUCCUCUGCAAGGAAAUUGAGGAGCUGAAGCUGACCUCCCAGAAGUCUCAGCAUCUUGAUGAGCUCAAUGAGGACCGCAACAUUCAACAGUUAGACAUGAAGACCAGAGAAGCAGCUUUAAAUCAAGACAUGAAGGGGGAUGUAGAUCUUCAGAAAUCCAUGGGGGCUUUAAUCUCAGACAAAGACAGAGAACUAGAAACUCUGAGGAACGAGAUUACCGUACUGCGUGGAGAAAAUGCCAUGGCCAAGACACUGCAGUCUGCUGUAGAGACGUUAGAGAAGGACAAAGUUCAGCUGCAGAGUCGUGUUCACAGUCUAGAACAAAGGCUGAUGGGAACCCAAGCCUCAAAUGGAGAGGACAAGGAGGCUCCCCCAUCAAGUGAUGUUGUCCUGCAGCAGCUGAGAGAAGAGAAAGAGUUCGCUGAGGGGCAGAUCAACUUCCUGAACAGCGUAAUUGUGGACCUACAGAGGAAGAAUGAGGAGCUUAAAAUCAAGUUGAAGAAGCUGGCCUUGGCUGAGUUCAACGGAAACAACAGCACAGACGGGUUUGAUGAAGCAGCACUAAAGCGUGAGAAGAAGGCAACCCCUCGUCUGUUCUGCGAUAUCUGCGACUGCUUUGACCUCCACGACACAGAGGACUGUCCCACCCAGGCUCAGAGCCCCGACUCCGUACCUCACACCACCUACCACGGCAACCCGGCUGACGAGAGGCCCUACUGUGACAUCUGCGAGGCCUUCGGACACGCCACAGAGUCAUGUAACGAUGACCAGACCUUCUAAUGCUGUUUAAUCCUCUGCUUCUCUUUUACUCUGUCUCCUGAUGCACUUCUUACACUCCUGCUCAACUAAAUCCAACAGAUUUUCCAUAAUGUAUUUUUAUACUGUAAUGAGGCGUAGAACUGGUUAUCCACCGUCCUAACUUACCCAUUAUCUGAAAACAAAGUGUUCUGAUUGCGAUGCAGAAUGCUUGUCCAAAUAUGCUUCUUUGGUGCAAUAUUGAUGUUUAUAUCAAACGGAAUUCGCUUUCUGCACUUGUAGUUUUUUUACAUGUUUAGAUGUUUUUAUAAGUGAAAGUGAUUUUCCAUGCGUGUUUGUUUGACUUUUGUUUUUGGCAACAAAGUGAUGCAGCUAAAUGGAGCACAGUUAAAACUGAAGGGAAAAUGAAGGUCUGCGCUCUUCUCUGUUUCCUAAAGCGGGUUCCUAAAUAAGUUAUAAUGAGCAACACUGCCACACAAUACAUUCAACUAAUGAUUUAUGCUCAGUUUUAUUAGAUAAGCCGUUGUUCCAGCUUAAAUGAGGGUGAGGAAGGUAAAACCAUUUUUCACAUCUGUAAUAAACAGAAUAUAAAAAAAACCUUAAAAUAAAUUUCUUUUAAAUCUAAUUCCAUUAUAAAGGGAAAUUUUGAAAUUUUGGUCCAAGAAAGCAGCAGUAAUUCAGUGUGAAAAUCUUAAAUCCGAAAAAUGAAAUUUAUAUAAAAACUCUUUUUGAAACACAAAUUGGAGCAAAAAAAGUCACAAAGUGUUUAAGGAAAAGCCACAGGGAUUUAGGGAAAAGGGGAAACCUAAUUUAGAAAUGUGUCAACUGUUGCAAUUUUGUCACGUUACAACCACAAACCUUAAUGUUCUCUUACCAGCCCCUGGAGCUGAAGAGCUUUAUUUUUACUGAGAUUCAAGAUGGACUCUUUUUACUGUUUAGGGGACGUCUGAAGGCAAUUAGUUGGACUGGAUUUUAUUUUGGGGCAUCGGAGUGAAGGAAGAUGAGUCCAAAAUAAUUUUUAAAGAAAUUGAUUUUAUUUCCAAAGACAAUUUGUUGAAUAGAAUUUUAUUUUGGUGCCUCAAAGUGAAGAGGUUUGGUUGUAACAGGAGAAAAUGUGGAAAAAUGUAAUGAGUAUGAAUUCUUUGGAAGGCAUCAUGUACCAAAUCAGGCUUUUUAAUAAUGCGUAUUUUGAAACAUUUUAUUAGUUUGGAAAUAUUACAACUUUAUCAACUAAAUAAAACUUUGUACUGCAAUUUCUGAUCCAAAUAUUAGUGAUCCUCUCGUAAAUUUAUGUAUUCUCUAAGCACAGAUUUUCACUGUUUUUUUUAAAGCUAUGAGUUUUAUUACUAUUUCAAUUAUAUAUUUUUUAUUAACAGUUGUUUAUUUUUUGCAAUGUUUAUUAAAACAUCACAACUUUGGACAAUGUCACACUGAAUGGUACCUAAUGGAAAUUGUCUUAUUGGGUAAAAUGGGUAAUGUUCUAUUCCUGACCUCUGGAAGAUCAAGGCGUCGAUACAGACCUCUUCCAGAGCCGAUAUCCCAGCUCCUCCUGAGUUUCCAGAUUAUUUUCCAGAUCUCCACGAUGGCUCUGAGAUCCAAAAAAAAACCAUGAAGUUUCACUCAGGCGGAAGUUGACUUCAGUCUGCACAGUUUAUGUAUGAAGCUGUUUUCCUUCAUCAUAUCCUUAAAUGAGCUUUUAAUCAAAAUCACACAGUACAUUUCUGAAAGCUGGUGCCAUGGAUUUUUAAAUCCUUUACAUUUCUGUGAGAGCUUUCAGGGGAGCUUUUUGCUAAAGCUUGCUUAAAGUUGAGAUUUCAAGUUAGCCCACAGCUCCUCAAUCCAACACUCGUUUUAGCAGUUUCUGUGUUCAGGGUCAGGGAUGAACAUUUCUGCGUUUUGUCCAUCCUAUGUGUUGAUAGGCUAAUAUAAUGCUGGGGGAACUUACAGGAGACUUGCCGUAGAUGAUGAUGAAGAUGCAUGUUAUUUAUCUCCUGAUCUUUUAAUAGCCAGUGAUCAUUCUCAUAGGGAAAUAAGCUAGCACUGAUGCCUGUAGUAGGACUGCUGUAGUAUAGGGGACGGACCUUGCCUACUAGCUUAGUAUUGCACUCUCUACUUUAUUUGGCAUUUAAAAAAAAGCUGCAACAUUAGGCUCUACAGUUGUGAAGCUUUUAUUUUGAUAGGACAGACAGACUUUUCUACAGUUUUUACCCGGCGCUUCAAAGAUAAGGGUUGACAUUUUGGUUAUCAUGCUUGUUCACUUUCAGAGCUGGAACAUAUUCAAGAUACUCUUUCCUUUUUACUACGCAAAAGUACUGUCAGUAGAUUUACUCAUUUUAACAUCAACCUUCAUGCUUCUUAACUUGGCUCAGCUAAACACAGAUACCUACGAUGUAGAAAUAAUGCACCAUAAACAUGAUGGUUAGCUACAGUGUAUGUAUGUCAGAACAGAAACGAUUUUAGCUAAACACUACUUUUUUUUUCUGUUGAAAAUACACCUAAAAAAUAUCUAAAUGGUCCAUAAAUAUGUAGGCUAAAAUUUAAAUGUCUUUAAUUUAAAUGAAAAUUUUUUUGUAUCUAAAUUUGAUUUUUCAACAUUUAUUAGAGGUCUAAAUUUAGAUUAACCAAGACUGACAAAUGAAAAAACAAGGCUCAGCACAAUAUCCUUAUCACAUUGCUUACACAACCACACAAUGUGGUCUGCAAAUAAUGAGUCCGGGAUGAUUUAUGUGUACUUCUCAUGGUUUUUAUGUCACUACAAAAUGUAGAAAUGCUACAAAUACAAAUACUAGUAAAAUAUUGUUCCUCAACUGGAAAUCUUCUGUCAAAUCCAAAUCAUGGCGGUCUUACAAGCAGUUUGAUCACAAAGAUGGUUGUGGUUCUGGUUGGAAACUAUUGUUCAAGUGGAACAGACAUUGGUCUUUAAUGAAAACUAAGUGAAUUUUGGCCCUUGUGAUACCCAGUUAAGCUCCAAUGUUUGACAUUCUGAAUAAAGAUGCUUUUUAUUUCCAUUUGCCAGUAUAGUACAAAUAUGUAAAUAUGUCUUCAUUUUUCAGAAUGAGCUUUAUUGGACAGGAUUGUGUACAUAAACAAGGAAUUUGUCUUUGUUCACACAUUAAGUAUAAACUUAGAAACUUUGUAGAAAAUUAAAACAGCUCUCAAAUAGACAAAAAUAAAUUACGAGAUCUAAAUUGUGAUACAUAUAACUAUCCAGCAUAAACCUCUAAGCUCUGACCCCAUUUAGACCAAGAAAUUCAGGAUUAUUCAAACAUUAACAAAAUAUCUACGUUUAAAUGGUAUAAACUAGCACAGACUCAUGUUUAAAUGACGUCUAUGUAGCCUCAGUUAUUAAAUUUGGUCUAUAGCUCAGUGGGCAGGCUAAGUAUAAAUGCAUCAAAAAGCACAAAUAUAUACAAAGUAACUGGUUAGCUAUUACAUAAAAGCAUUGCUGAUUUAAACGUUGUCCAUAUUGUACCUUCAUAUGUAGGUACAAUACGAAUCAUCAGAAUAACUUGGCCAAAAGUAUCAAAACGGGAACAGUUAGCCUCUGUCUUUCCUAAAUAUUAACUUUUGUAAAAGGGAGGUCCUUAUCUUGUUUUAAACAAUGUUUUUUUUUUUUUUUUAACCAGUCCUAAAUAUUUGUGUCAGAAACUAGUUUUAUAUUGAAGGACAGAGGCUUGUCGUCCACUCUGUUCUAGCUGAGCUAAAAUAAAAAGAAGCCAGCUUUAGCUUUUCACUGAAGGUCGAAGGUCAAUAAGCAGAUCUCAUAAAAUGGAAAACUGUUUGCUUAAAUUGAACUCCUGUAGCGGCAACCUUUGGACAUGUUCUGUUCUAAAGCACAAGUUUGGAUCAUAUUGAAUCUUCAUAAUGAUGCAACGAGCAGUUGGCACUAGUCUCUGUAAAUACUAAUCAGAGGUUUCCUUCUGACGUAUGUGUACCAUAAAACAAAUCUAGCUUUUAUGUGUGCUACAUUUUAUUUUUCUGCCAAUUAAAACAACUAAAGGUAUAGAGGUUUACACUCCCAGUGGGAAAAUGAUUCGUAGAAGACUCUAUAUGUUGUGUACUUUUUAAGUGAUGACUCUAAUUGUUGGUGUAAUGUUUUAUAUGUAACAUCUACACAAACAAGUAUUUUACAGACGCCAACAUGGUGUAAAAUGUCACUGUUUUUUAUGUGCUGUAUAUUCCUGAACAGUCCAAUAGAAAUUCUAAGGGUU